AUGGCCUUCCUGACAUUCGACCAGACGAAGCCUUGGAUGGUAGCGGCUAAGCUGAAGAAAGGCUCACUUCUGAUCGCCGUGAACUCUUUGGCGGGCAUGUCCAUCUUCUUCUUCGGUUACGACCAAGGCCUCAUGGGCGGCGUAAACCAGAGUACCGACUACAUUCGCCGCAUGGGCCUUGGAUACAUCGACGACGAAGGCUCCCCUGUGAUUACCGAGACUUUACUCCAAGGCGGCAUCAUGGCGAUAUUCUAUCUCGGCACUCUCGUAGGAUGCCUUGCUGGCGGAGAAUUCGGCGACAAGUUUGGACGCAUUGGCACCAUCGGUCUCGGAGCGACCUGGGCCAUCUUUGGCGCCGCCAUUCAGUCCUCGGCCAUGAAUCCUGCUUGGAUGCUGGGUUCGCGUUUCGUCAACGGCAUCGGCACUGGCAUUCUGAACGGUAUCGUUCCUGCCUGGGCAUCCGAGUUGUCCGACCAUACCAGUCGAGGAACCUUCAUUGCGAUGGAGUUCACUCUCAACAUCUUUGGCGUCGUGGUAGCAUACUGGCUGGCGUACGGCGUCAGUUUCAUCGACAACGGAGCGUCGGAGAUCCGUUGGCGAUUCCCCAUCGCUUUUCAAAUUCUCCCUCUUUUGUUUCUCGUAUCUGUCUGCUGGGCCUUUCCCGAGUCUCCACGGUGGCUUAUCAAGGCAGGAAGGAACGAGGAGGCGCUUUUCAUCUUGCGACGUCUUCGAGGUGUCGACGGAGAAGACGAAGGCGUUGCCGAAGCCGAGCACAGGGAUAUCCGCAACGCGAUCGAGCUCGAAAGAUGUUCCGAAGGCACUUCCUACUUCCACAUGCUGUUCGGGCUCAAGUCUGGAAAUCUUCACACAGGUCGCCGCGUCCAACUGGUUAUUUGGCUGCAGAUCAUCCAGUGUUGGACAGGUAUUGCUGGAGUAACGAUGUACGGGCCGACUAUCUUCCAUAUUGCCGGCUUUGGGCCCGAAAAGACUCAGUGGGUUGCCGGUCUUAACAAUAUCUUCUACAUGUUUUCGACCUUGAUCUGCGUCUUCACCAUCGACAGAAUCGGGCGCCGAUGGACUCUCUACUGGGGCUCCGCAGGGCAAGCUCUCGCCAUGUUCCUUGUUGGUGGGCUCUCCCGAGGCGGACUUGAUGCCAGAGCUGGUGGUAAUGCCGAUAUUGCCAAUAAAUGGGGCGCUGCAGCCGCAUCUAUGGUGUAUUUGUACACCUUCAUUUUCGGCGCAUCGUGGCUGAUUCCACCUUGGCUUUACCCAGCUGAGAUCUUCCCUAUUCAUGUUCGAGCGAAGGGUAAUUCUUGGGGUGUUGUUGGAUGGAGUAUUGGGAACGGCACACUUACUCUUCUGCUCCCUUACAUCGUGGGCGCUAUCAACGAGAAGAUGAUGUACAUAUUUGGUGCUGUCAACGUACUCAGCAUCCCCAUUGUCUAUGCGCUCUACCCUGAGUCAAAUCAACGCACGCUUGAAGAGAUGGACCUUCUCUUUGCUGCCCCAACCCCAUGGGCUUGGGACGCGGAGAAAACGUUUGCCCGGUUGAAGGAGGAAGCCACCGCAGCGGACAAGGAUAUUCAUGACGUGGAGGCCAAAGACGGAAGAGCGUCCCCAAACCAUGUUGAGACAGCAUAG